AUGGGCCCGAAGAGAAAACUGGAUGACCUGGCCCAGCCAUCCAGCAGCGGCGGCGGAGGCGAUGAUAGACCGACGAAGGCGCCACGGCUCUCGCCGCCGCCCGCGCAGUCGCCCUCUCGCGACCAGACGGCGCCUCCCACCUCACCGCCUCCGCUUCAGCCGCCAGGGUCCCCACCGCCUCCCGCCGACAAAGAUCCGGUGGAGCUGGAAGAGGGGGAGCUAGAAGAUGAUGCAGAUUCACAAGAGGAAGCAGAGGAUGAUCAGGAUUCGGAUGAGGAGCUCGGAGGAUCACUUCCUGAACUUGCACUCGGCACACAAGAGUAUCUUUCACUGCGAGAAACCUCGAGCCAGUUGCUGGAUGGCAAGAGAACGUACCUCAAACCGCAAAAGGACUGCCGUAUCCUCAUUGGUGUUUUCCGGUGUCCAGAUGAUCGUCCGACAGCAUUAGGAAGUGAGGAACAACUCGCAGAAUUGGUUCGUGAAUCUCCAGAUAAUUCUAUCAUCCAGGAAAAGAUGAAGAUUCUCAGUAAGCAUUAUGUGCUCUUCCGAAGAACUCGCCAAGAUGGCAGCUGUUUUUACAGAGCUUUUCUGUUUUCCUACAUGGAGAUUCUUCGACAAAUGCAAGAUAAACAAGCUGAGGUUACUCGUCUUAUGGAAUGUUUGGAAAUGUAUACAGAUAGAUUCUCUCGUCUUAAGUGGGACAAAGCAUACUUCUUCAAUCCUGAAAAAUACUUCUCAAGUGUUGUUUCUGAGCUCAAUGAGGUUCUCAACGUCAUUGCAGCAGGCUGUACUUCUGAAUGGCUGUACAAGAGAAGCCUGCAGGAGACCUUUUCAGGCAGGAUUAUAUCUUUCCUUAGGUUGCUUACUGAGACUGAAAUCCGGACAGAAGAGUUCUACAAGCAAUCUAUCCCCAAAAAUUUGAAUGUCCUCCAGUUCUGUUGGAAAACGGUGCGAUCGCUGGAUGCUGAAGCUACCACUACACAAAUGAGGGCUUUGACAUACACGCUCGGCAUACCGUUGCGUGUCGAAGUCGUGGAUAAGAGCUCGACGGGUCAAGGUGUGUUAGUGAAGCGCCUCGAUUUCUUUCAUCAGGCAGACUUGAACAAGGGCCCUCUCCAUUUGACUCGGGGCUACCUUUCCUCGAGCACAGCUCCUAAACUGCUGGAGGAGGGAGGCGACGAUGCCAACUUGUUAUCAUCUGAUGGCGCGCCCUUGCUGACCUUGCUGUGUAGGCGUGGUCACUGUGACAUUCUUUACCGCAAGUGAACAAAUUUUGCGAGUUCGCUUCAUUGACAAAAACUACCUCCAGGAUGAUUACAGGGAAGCCUACUGACAAUCUUGUAUAGUGUGUGUGGUCGUUUGUGGGUCUGCUCCCGAACAACCUGUGACUACCUCUGCUCCUUGGUUUUCUCGUUCUUGCUGGUGCUGUUGUUAGUUACUCCUGUAUUUGGAAGGAAGCUACAGGAUAGAAGAUGUUAUAGGAACAUAUGAAGAAUUAUUGGGAUACUGUUGUUUGCAAGUUUUGGAACAUCAAAUCUGGCUUAUGUCAGAUUCUGUGACUUGUGUUUUCUUUUCCGAAUAAGCAAUUUCGAUAUGAGCUUGACGGCUAAUGCGAA